UAUGCAGAGUUUUGAUUCAUUACACGAGAAAUUUGUCACCGUAAAGGUACACGACACAUUGUUUGGGUCACGAGGUUUUAGCCUCGCUGUACAGAAAGCAUUGAAGUGCAUGUGUUUUCGCGUGAAGGUGAUCACAACGAUUUGCACUAAGGGUUUACAGCUUUUUGCAGACAUUUCCGGCUGUCCUAUUGACUCACUCCAAUGUGGAGAGCUGACCUCCAGCCUGGUUUGUCUCCCUUGCCUCCAUGGAAACAGUGACUGCUGGCAACCAUGAGAGGGACUUGAAACCUCCAGCUCUACAGAAUGCUGCAGUAGACGAAGAAGACACUUCAGAAUUUAUUGAGUUUGAGUUCUCUCCAAAUAAUUCACCUUCUAAAGAGCGGAGUGUGAGCCCGGACCCAGAGGAGGUUCUGGACAAUAUUUAUGAGGCGGCCAUUCACGGAGACUCCACCUCCGUAUGUGACCUCAUCUAUAACUUCCCUAGUAAAGGGAAAUCUAAAGAUUUCUCUGAUGCCAGUCGGGACGAGAAUAAGAAAUUCAGAAAAAUCGAGAACUUGACUGAGGUUUUAAAGCGAAAAACAAUCGAAGAAGCAGCAAAUACUCCUGCUGCUAAGAAAGUGUGCGUGGCAGAAGACAAGGCUGUGAGUUUUACAAACAUUGUGAAUAUUCAGCAGAAGCCCACUGCAGAAAACGGGGCCAACCAAGAGAAAAGGAUAUUAGGACCCGCACAAAAAAAGAGAAGUCUUAUAGAUUAUUCUGUGCUAACUAAAGCUCUCUCUACAACGCUAGAAAGUAAACUUGCAGAGGAUGAAAACAAUGAUGUUAAAAUUGUGAUCUUCUGCAACAAUAAACCAAUCCAGUCUUUCUCCGUGAAAAGCAACAAAAAGGACAAAAGUGGCAGCAGUGCAGGAAGUAUUUCAUUGACAGAGAAAACAUCCAACGGGCCUGCUGAAGGGGGAAACAGCAGUAAAGCUGUAUCUGGGAUACAGAUAUCAUUACCAUCAGGCCUAAUUGUUACUAAUUCACAGAUAUCUGGCAACAAUUUGUUGGUCCGUGGGUCUAAGCAAGGUAGUGAGCUCAAGCCAGCCGCAGCCAAUACAGUGGUGUUGACUCAGAGUACUAUCCUAGCACGCACUGGACUUAGCCAGGACAAACCUGUCAGGUUCACUCUUGCACCUUCUCAAGCUCCUGUACCAGCCACACAGAGCUACGUCAGUCUUCUUGUACCAAACAGUUUAAAGCCGGCAACAAAGCCUGUAAAUGUAACAGUUCAGCCCCCUAAAGACAGUGUCAAUAAUCUUCACGAAACUGGCGUCUCUGAUUCCGAAAAUAACAACGAUGUACCUGAGGAUUCUUCUGGUCCAGUGACAUGUGAACUGUGUAACAGAAGCUUUAAGUUGAGGAGGUAUCUAAAUAGGCAUAAGAUUCGUGUUCAUAGAAAAGUGUCAGACGUUGAGGCAGAGUUGAAUGAUGCAAGUGAUCAUUCUGUAGAGUCAACUCCAGUUAAGAUUAAUGAUAGUUCAGUUGUAGAAGAAGUUAAGGACAAGGAUCCUCAGAUUGAUGACAGUUCUGAAUCUCAUGAACAGGAAGAUGUGGACAUAGAAAACUCUGACUCAGAGUCUAAGCUUGAAAUUGAUGAAGGUGAAAUAAAAAAAGACGGGACACAUAGGGAAGUUAAAAAGAAAAUCAAAGCAAGUGGUGAAGGAAUCGAAGACGAUAUUGAUAUCGAGAGGGUCAAGCGUGAGACCAGCGUAGACUCAUUUGAAGAAAAUAUCAACGAAUACAUAAGUACAAUUCUUAAAGAUUCCGACAUAUUGUGUGAAGAGGUCAAAUACGCGGACAAAGGAAAGCGGGCCUUGUUUCACGCGACCACUGAAUUGAACGGUCGCCGCGCCAGAGACUUACUGAACCAGGUUGGAGCGUUGCCAAAACCCGUGACUGGUGUAGUGCGAACUGAGAACGGAUUCCCGUUAACAAGCGAAGGACUCAUAGAGCCGGUGUAUGUUUGUGAACAGUGCGGGAAGUUCUAUAGAGCCCGGAAAACCUUGAAAGAUCAUUUCUUUCGUGAGCACGCUAGAUCGAGAGACGAGGAGCCCUUGUACCUGUAUAUCAGUGGCAACAAGUACCAGUGCCCUAUCUGCUUUAGUCACUUCCACUCCGGCAGUGAGCUGGUGUCUCACACCAAGAAGCAUACAGGAGAGUUGCAGAGCGAGUGCAAGCUGUGUGGGAAGAUCUACUCCUCGGUCCACGUGCUGCGACGUCACAUCGAGAACGUACACGCUGAGACUAAGCCCCGCCCUUUCCAGUGUGAGCUGUGUGACUACGCUGCAACCAACAAGUGGCACCUCAAGGAACACUAUCGCAGGCACACUGGAGAGCAACCAUUUGAGUGCCCAAUAUGCCAGAAGACAUUCAGCCACCAGGGGACUAUGAACAGACAUUGUAAAAUCAUCCACAAGUUUGAAGUCUCCUCUCAGAGGCAAUUUUCACGUAACACAAUUUCGGACCUCCCUGUUAUUCCAGAACCUUUCAACUCAGCUGGAAAAUCCUCGCCCAGGGAUCGUCCGAAAACAGCACCCAGAACUAAACAUUUAAAUAGAAUGCCUAAAAAGAUGACAGUUUUGCGCGUGAAAGCCCCUGUGAUAAACUCUAUCAAGUCUAUCCCAUCACAUGACACUGAUGUGGAUUUGUCGCUUGUGAAAAGCGAACCUGUCGAAUAAGAUUAGGUUUCUA